AUGCUCGCUUGUUACGCCACGAGCGUCCUUGCCAACUCGCAUCAUUGGGGUGUGUGUGCCAGAGACAUCAAGGUCGACACCUCUGGUCGACUGGACAAACCCUCCCAAACUCCGGUCACAACGGGCGAACAACUCGACAAGGCCACAAAAGCGGCUUGCAUUCAAUACCAAGCUCAGAAUGACGGGAUGAGGCACAAGGUUCCUGCCACUCACCCUCAGGGCAUCUUGGGGGCAAAGAGUGGCAUCAUUGGUGUAUGGUUCACAAGGACGCGGACCCAGCUGGUACUGUUGAAGGUACGAUGGUGA